AUGCAGCUCUCACACAUUACCCUCCUUCUCAAUGCCGUAGCUAUGGCUUUGGCGAAGAACCCGGUCCUGGGUAACCGCUGGAUUGAUCACAACUGCAAAGUCCUUCACUCCAAGCCUCACCAACUAUAUCAUGUCAACGAAUGCAUUGAGCUGAAGAAUAUCAACUCCCUUAGUAUGACAUGGCCUGGCGACUGCUACCUUUAUGACGGUCACCAGUGUACCGGCAAGGUUGUCGCCGAAUUCACCACGGACACGGGCGAUGGUGAGGUCGGCCACAAUGGUGGCGCGUUUGAGUUUUGCUAUGAUACAAGCCGCGGUCGUUGGCCCAAGGCCAAGUCUUUUAAGUGUCUCUGGAAGGACUAA